AUGGCACCAAUCUUUAACAAAGCUAAAACCAGAAAAGGAAAGAAGUUUCUGGAGAACAGAGCUCCCAAAGUCACGGAGAACGAUAAGAACGCGUUGUUGGUCAAGGGAGGAAAGACAAACGAAACAUUGCAAAACUUCCUUAACGAUGUUUAUGCUUUGAAAAAGCCAUUGGUGGAGAAGCUCAAAUAGUAAGUUGAUUAAUAUUCUUUAUGUUUGAUUUUUAGUAGAAACCCAAUUCAUUUGUUUGACGAUGAAACCUUUAUCUGCAAAAUGACGUCCAAGUACGACUCAUCUUUGUUCUGUAUGGUUUCAAACAGCAAAAAACGGCCAAACACCGUGUGUUUAGGCCGUAUGUUCGACUACUUGUUGUUGGAUAUGGUGGAUUUAAAGUUGACCAACUACAUUCCUCAAUCAAAGUUCAAGGUAACGCAUAUAUUCAUAAUGAAAACAAGUUUUAAAUAUUAAUUUUUUUGAUGGUUGACUAUGUUUCGUUUCAGAAUGGAGGUGUGACGGUCGGCACAAAGCCUUGUAUUGUGUUGAACGGAUCUCUGUUUGAAGUGGAUGAUGGCUUCAAACGCGUAGGUAACAUGUUUGUAGACUUCUUCAGAGGAGCUGUCGUCGACACAGUAAGAUUACAAGGUCUAGAACUAGUGAUCUCUUUUACCGCAACUGCCAGUGGAAAGAUAUUGAUGAGGACGUAUCGAUCAGUACUCAAGAAGAGCACCGGUUCUUCCCCCAGAGUAGAACUGGUCGAGCAUGGUCCUCACGCUGACUUUGAAAUGGUCAGAACCAAGUUUGCUAGUGAACACCUCAUGAAGAAGACCACGAAGAAACCAAAAGUCGUUGUUGUAAGUGUUUUUUACUAAUUAAUGGCCCUUAUUUAUCCGUAACAUAUCUUAGCAGAUAUAGAAAACGUAUAGUAUUUACAUUUUAUCAUUAACAAUAAAUAAUUUAGAACAAGAUGCGAAAGAACACAAGUUUGGAUCCAUUCGAGACCAAGUUGGCCAGAAUCCACGUUGGAAAACAAGAUCUGGACACGAUCCAGACCAGGAAGGUCAAAGCUCUCAAGAAGAAAAAGGCGGCCUGA